AUGUACCUGACCAGCCUCAGUGGAAAUGCCAUCAUUGCAGUUACUGUCCAGAUUAACCACUCUCUCCACGCCCCCAGGUACUUUUUCCUGGCUAACUUGGCAGUUCUGGAAAUCUUCUAUACAUCUUCCAUCACCCCACUGGCCUUGGAAAACCUUCUUUCAAUGGGCAAAACUCCUGUUUCUAUCACUGGAUGUGGCACCCAAAUGUUUUUCUUUGUCUUCUUGGGUGGGGUUGAUCGUGUCCUGCUUGCAGUCAUGGCUUAUGACCGGUUUAUAGCAAUCUGCUACCCUCUACGAUACACCCUCAUCAUGAGCUGGCCCUUGUGUGUGGAGUUGAUGGUAGGAUCCCUGGUACUGGGGUUCCUGCUGUCGCUACCACUGACUAUUUUAAUCUUCCAUCUCCCAUUCUGCAACAACAGCGAAAUCUACCACUUCUACUGUGACAUGCCUGCCGUCGUGCGCCUGGCUUGUGCAGACACGCACGUUCACCAAACUAUCGUCAGCUUCAUCGUCCUAAGCAUCCCCCUCUCAGUAACCUCCAUCUCCUACGUCUUCACCGUGGAAGCUAUUUUACAGAUCCAGUCAGCAGAAGGGCACCACCGAGCCUUCCCCAACCUGCUCUUCGCACAUCUUAGUGGUCCUCCUGCAGUAUGGCUGCACCAGCUUUAUAUACUUGUCCCCCAGUUCCAGCUACUCUCCUGA